GCUGCAUUUGCGUUCGUCGUCGUAAUGGCCAUGGUGUUUUUUUUGUUGGCAGCGUGAAAUGAUUACGGUCGGUUGUACCGUUUUGCCUGGUUGUUUGCUUAGCCUCUCGUAUUGCCGCGUCUUUUCUCGUCUAGACGGAAUGAGCAGACGUAGACGACAAAUUGUAGUAGAAAUAGUAUAAUCGGUCAGCUAGCUCUGGCCACCUCGCGUACUGUUACUGCUAGUCGGUUAGUCGGUUGGUCCUCCGUCGUCGUCGUCCCGCAGCGGGGUAAGCAAAAUAGACGUGAGCAGAGAAAGAGUGGAGCUGUGCAAGCUCCAGGUGCAUCUGCUGCGGUAACAGUAGCAGUUGUAGAAGAACUACCUGUCGUAGUUCAGUCAACGGAAGAAGCACUCCGACGUGUAUAAGAGACGGUGGUACGCCAUCCACGACAACGACGGCAGUAACAAAUUGCUUUGCUACUGGACCACGCUUACUGACUUUUAUUCUACAGAUCUUCUGUCGACUGUCGACUGUGAAUGAUUGCUGCCAAUCAAUAUCAACGAAACGACUAAAACAGUGAACCGCUACGAGAACUGGUGUAUAAAUAUUUAUUUGUGUUUACCGCCUCGCUCGUCGUAGAAUCUGCUAUAUUUCCAGAAAACAACAAUAAGCUGAUCAACCACCGCUAGAUCGUACCACCGCUGCUAACGCCCCGUUGAAACAGGGCUCUGCUAUAAAACUGCAGAGUUAGCUAACUAGCUAGAUAUUUUACUUUUGAAUGACAUUUAAUAAGAUAGAUGUGUUGUUGAAGUGUUUGCGCGCUGUGUCGGAAUAAGGAUAAAAAAACAAGCUCGCUCAAGAUCAUUUGCUCCGCUCUUAUACCGUAAUCGUCACGCACGCAUACACUACUAACGUUGCACAAUGUUACGUCUACCUAUUGAACCCCUGCAGAUCGAACAGUUGAAGCGGUUACAACAACAUCAAUACCGUGCGACAGGAAAAUCUUUCUUAGACCCAUACAUGCAGCCGUUCUGGGAAUGGGUCGUCAUACAACUUCCAGAAUGGGUUGCCCCCAACCUUAUGACUAUAACUGGUUUACUCGUCAAUGUGCUAACCUGUUUGCUGCUUAUCGUCAUGGCACCUGACGCAAAGUCAAACGUUCAUCCACUGUUCUUUGUGACAUGCGCCGUCGGUUUAUUCAUCUAUCAGACACUGGACGCCUGCGACGGUAAACAGGCUCGCCGAACGGGAUCAAGCUCGCCUCUAGGUGAACUGUUUGACCACGGCUGUGAUGCGCUCUCCACAUUGUUUCUGGCGCUCGGGGUGGCUGUCGCCAUUCGGAUGGGUACGUGCCCGUAUAUCAUGCUAAUCCAGUGUCUGGUCGCGAUGUUUCUUUUCUAUUGUGCUCAUUGGCAGACGUACGUAACUGGCACGUUACGAUUCGGCUGGUUCGAUGUUACUGAAGCGCAAUUCUCAGUAAUGGGCGUCCUUCUUAUCACGGCCAUAUUCGGCCAGGAAGUUUGGGACAGCAAGAUUAUCUUCAUUGAAGCUCGUUUUAUUCCGUUCAUAAUGUGUCUUUGUGGGGCGGUGGUAGCACUAUUCAACUAUAGCCGAGUCUGUUUCUCUUCCCAAACUCAGCACGUGUGCGAGGGGUCUGCACUGGCCCCAUUAGUGCCUUCUCUGUUGACCAUCGUGCCAUACAUUGUUAUGGCGGUCAAAUCACCGGCGCUUAUCGCGGACCGGCCUUGCCUUGCCCUGACGACGUUUGGUCUCGUCGCUGUCAAGCUGACAUUCCGAAUUAUCGUUGCGCACAUGACCCGGUCCGAAGUUCACACUUGGGAUACGACCCUGCUAACGCCGUUAACGAUCUUCUUCAACCAAUACCUCGACUUUCCUUUAAGUGAACGAUUCGUCCUUUACGCCGGUCUUACGUACACGACAAUUGAUCUGUUCCUAUAUGCAAACGCGGUUUGUUUGCAAAUCUGCGAACAUCUGAAGAUCGAAUUGUUUCGGAUCACGCCGGCCGUGGCGGCGGAUAAAAAGAACCCAACUGAUGAUCCAUCUGGAAAGCCUCUGCUGAAAGCUGGCAGUCCCGGAACCCCAUCAACGGGCACGACCCCCGGCGAGGCACCUCCUUGUUAUCAAGACGUCAUUGUUAAUAAGAGCUAGCAAAAAUGUUCGGUGCGGUCCGUGAAAACAAAGACUGUCUAAGCUGUAGUAGCGAGGAGUAAGCGAAGGGGAAAUUACAGAUCGAGCGUAUGAAAGGUAGAAGAGUACGAUGACAAAUGACGAAAUUGAAAGUAAAAACAAUCUAGCUACUUUCGUCGCCACUUGUAUGUAUACAUGUGUAAUAUAGUUUUUGUAUUUUUAACAACAAACAGGUAAAAGAACGAACGAGGCGACAAAACUAUGGAAAAACAAAGAGAGGUCUAUGAGUUGAACUAUAGUUUUGAUGAAGCAGCAACCGAAGCAUCGAAAUGAAGUAGAAAAAUAAAAAAAAAUUGGUUAAAUAAAAUCGACAAAAUUGAAAAACCAAGAACGCGAGCAAAGAAGUUACACAAACGUUUAGAACGGUGGAUGAUACCAAGAUAUCAGCCGUGCUCUUUAUAUGCGACAAGAAUUGGGCAGGAAGUAAGGAAUCGAAAACAGAGACCAUUUCGCUGCCAUCUUCUUGCCAUUACUGUUGCUGCUAUGAAAGAUAUAGGAUUGUUAAUGAUAAAUUUUUACUAUUAUUUCAAUAUACUUGGAUAAUGUUAGAUCAGAUUUACGGCGAGCGACCGUCUAUCGACGCGAGCUGCAGCAGUCCACGAAAAAUUACUAAUUAUGGCGUAUCGCUUUUGACGUUUAACAACCUUAUCGUAAAGUACCGCGGUGCGUCAUCCGUCACGCUGAAAAUUAAGGGCGGUGUCAGAAAACUGCUAACUACUAAUUUGAGUAGGGCCGGAGGAAAGGAUAUCUACGCGGGUACACUAUAAUAGGUUCCUCGUUGUCGAUGUUAAUCUUAAAAAGGACCUACAUCCGUAAACCGCUGUCAUUUUUUCACCGAACGCCAUUCGAGUGCGAACGCUCUGCUUAUCUUGUCUCUGCAAAAACUACCUGUUGCCGAAUGCAGAACUUGGAAUUGGCUUGAGCUGUUAUCGUUAUUGUAUUAUGUAGGCAGAACCUUUUUGGUCGGUUGCCGUCAGCUGCGAUGUUCAGAAAUGAAAAUUAUAAUUAUGAUGAUUUAAUUGUACUUAAAUGUGCUUAUAAUUGAACGGUAAACAUGCUAUUGUAUUUCGUUUAAGAUUUCCGGUUUGCCAGAGCGUUGAUUAGGUCUAAGUGCCUUCUCCUCAUUCCUUAGCAUCAUAAUAUCCUAUAGUUCAAUAAUGUUUGGUAUCAAAACAAGAAGGAGUCACAUACAGAUGUGCUGCAUCUUGACCCUCCGGCACGCAGCCCUCAUUCAGCAAGCAGACAGACGAGUAAUUUGCGAAAAACAGAUCAGUAACUUAGAUACAUGUUAGCAGAUGAUCUAUACACACAAGUACAUAUACAAACGACAACAUCAAUACUCACAAAUCUCUUGGAAACAUCCCAUUAAACAGGUGCCAUUCAAGCAGAGAUCAGAGCUCUAUGGCAGCGUGUUACUGCUUAUACCGCUUGACCGAAUCAUCCUUUGGCCUCGGGAUGUUGUCUAUCUAUUCUAGCUGUUUUACUACUUCAGCUGUUAAUGCUGCCAAAUUUCGAAAAAUUGAGACACGAGUGUUCGGAAAAAAUAGAGCUCAUCGUUACAGCUAAAAAAAUAACCUGAUAUUGAUCUGCGAUCAUGCAAAACUUUACUUAGUGUUACGCGUGAUCACGUUGGACAAAUAAGAAUAAAUAUGAGGACGACUGUGUUCGUUAGAGAACACAAACGGUGCUAUAGCUAGUCCGGUGAUGAUUCUAGUACGAGAGAAUCUGUUCGAUGUCUGGUGACUGUUUGCAUGAUGAAGUAUUAGAGACUCUUAACUCCUGUUGUUUUACUUAUCUUACUCUAUUCACUGUCCCUGUCGAAGUUAUUGUGACACCUUUUCUGGACGUUUCUGGUAACUACCGGCAUAUAUAUAUAUAUAUAUGCAUACAUAGCUAGCUACUGCAUUCGAAAGAUACCAUGGUUUGUACUCUGCCAUUGCUGUGAAUCGCAUCAUCCUCAAUUGGUCAACAAGGAUAUCUGUUUAUGAAUCUAAAAAGCCAAAUAGUAAAUAGAUAAAUAAAGAAAAAAGACAACCAAACAAGCCUGACAGAGGAUUAUUAUGAGCAUGUACAGGAAAGCCUCGUUGCGCCAUAUGCCCAUAAUGUAUAUGCUCUUGUGAGUUAAGUCGUAAUCCUUAUCAUCUCAGGGCGGUAUCGAUGAUGGUGAUGAUUUUUGUCAACUCUUGUGGGUCGCCAUUCCGAUGUAUCAGGUUUGUUUGUUUAUCGUGACAACGCUAGCUCGUAACUUAUUCUAUUAGCAACCAUUGAUAAUGUGCAAUGUCCUAUACAGAUGUCUUCUACAAUAUUUCAGUUUAAUUGCUGACCAGUGCAUAUACAGAGGUGACCAAUGAACAAGAGAAAGUAUGUGCCAUCGGUUGAACGUGCCGUACGGUUUUGCCCAGAUCCCCAGAAGUUUUGUUUUUCGCAUUACUGUGACAAUGACGACGAUCAUGGAGGACGAGUGUCUGUGAAAUGAACUGCUGCGUAGAUGAAUGAGACGUUAGGACGGAUGGAUGGUAAAUUAUGUUGAUAUGUCAGAACAAGAGCGUGUGAACCAACCGCGUGAAACAGAGGUGAGGCGGAAAAGACUUAUUCCAUAUAUAGGGGUGAGUAAAAAAGAAAUUAGAUGAACAAUAUAUAUGAGUCAGUGUGAGUUUACUCACUAUGUCUGUUUGUUCUUAUUCCUGCGUGUACCUUGAGUGAUUGAUCAUUAUGUUGAUUGGUGCCAGCAGCGGGGUGGUGACAUGUAAGAAGUCGGGGAUUUCGCCCAGUAGGAUAUUGUUUAUGUGGCAUUGUAUUACUAAUAUAGCUAAUUAAUGACUUUAUACGACAUGAAUGUAAAAAAGAAAGACAAACAAAUAAAAAAUAGCUAUGAAUCGGAUUGUA